ACCUAGGGCAGGUUUUUGCUGCGGGUAGCAGGGCUCCCGUCACACUGGCUGGCGGUUUGUGACGGUGCCAGCCCGCGUGUGUGCGAGUGUGUCUGCGUGCGUGCCCGCGCCUGGGCGGACCGACCCGGAGCAGCAGUGCGACUCGCCGGGGAGAGGCGGCGUCGCAGAGGCGCCUAGCCUGCGGCCGCGGAGGAAGCCGCGCUGCAAACUUGCGGCGGGCUCCGGCUGCCCUGCUCGCCGCUCCCGCGCCCCUCCACUUAGGGGCACAGGUGCCGGCGCGGUGCCAGGGGCGGCGGGGCCGGGUCGCGCCUUCGUCCUUGGCGGGCGCCCCUGUAGAGCCUGAUGCAGCCCCUGCGCUCCCGGCCGAAGCUGCCCGGCUGCCCGGCUGCUGCCCGGCGCAGGUCCGGGACCGGAGCCGCGCUCUCUAGAGUCUGAGCGCCCGGGAUGCUCGGCGUCGCCCGACCCGGAGCCGCGUGAGGCGGAGCGCGCCGAGCCCUGCGCCCCGGAGCGCGGGGCGCCCCUCAGCCGCAGCCGCGCCGCGCGUCCUCCUCCCAGCGCCGCCAGCCUCGGGGCGCAGCGGGGCCGCCAGCCAGCGCACGCCUCGGCGUCAGGGGCAUGGAGGAGCGGCGGGCUCCGAGCCGCGCCCCGGAGUCCCCGAAACUUCCAAGCAGGCGCCCGUCCGCGCCCCCGCCGCCGCUUCCCCUGCCGGCCUGAGAGCGGGACCAUGGAUGAAAGGUUCAACAAGUGGCUGCUGACGCCCGUGCUCACUCUCCUCUUCGUGGUCAUCAUGUAUCAGUACGUGUCCCCCUCCUGCACCAGCUCCUGCAGCAACUUCGGGGAGCAGCCCCGCGCCGGGGACGCCCGCCCGCCCGCCGUCCUGAGUCCCGCCCGCCGGGCACAGGCGCCCCCCGAAGAGUGGGAGCGCAGACCCCAGCUGCCCCCGCCGCCCCGGGGGCUGCCCGAGGGAUCUCGGGGCGCCGCGGCUCCGGAGGACGAGGAUGAGGAGCCGGGGGACCCCGAGGAGGAGGAAGAGGAGGAGGAGGAAGAGGACCCGGACUCCGAGGCCCCCGAAAACGGCUCGGCGCCCCGGUUCCUGCCGCGCUUCAACUUCACGCUGAAGGACCUGACCCGGUUCGUGGAUUUCAAUAUCAAAGGGCGCGACGUGAUCGUGUUCCUGCACAUCCAGAAGACCGGGGGCACCACGUUCGGCCGGCACCUGGUGAAGAACAUCCGGCUGGAGCAGCCGUGCAGCUGCAAAGCCGGCCAGAAGAAAUGCACCUGUCACCGGCCCGGCAAGAAGGAGACCUGGCUCUUCUCCCGCUUCUCCACCGGCUGGAGCUGCGGGCUGCACGCCGACUGGACUGAGCUCACCAACUGCGUGCCAGCCAUCAUGGAGAAGAAGGACUGUCCCCGCAACCACAGCCACUCCAGGAAUUUCUAUUACAUCACAAUGUUGCGGGAUCCAGUGUCAAGGUACCUGAGCGAGUGGAAACACGUCCAGCGAGGGGCCACGUGGAAAACCUCUCUCCAUAUGUGUGAUGGAAGAAGCCCCACCCCUGAUGAGCUGCCCACCUGCUACCCUGGGGAUGACUGGUCUGGGGUGAGCUUGCGGGAGUUUAUGGACUGCAGCUACAACCUGGCUAACAACCGGCAGGUGCGCAUGCUGGCUGACCUCAGCCUGGUGGGCUGCUACAACUUGACUUUCAUGAACGAGAGUGAGAGAAACACCAUCCUGUUGCAGAGUGCAAAGAACAACCUAAAGAACAUGGCCUUCUUUGGGCUCACUGAGUUCCAGAGGAAGACACAGUUUCUCUUUGAGAGGACAUUCAACCUGAAGUUCAUCUCCCCCUUCACUCAGUUCAACAUCACGCGGGCUUCCAAUGUGGAGAUCAAUGAGGGCGCCCGCCAGCGCAUUGAGGAGCUGAACUUCCUGGACAUGCAGCUUUACGACUAUGCGAAAGAUCUCUUCCAGCAGCGCUACCACCACACCAAGCAGCUGGAGCACCAGAGGGACCGCCAGAAGCGGCGGGAGGAACGGAGGCUACAGCGGGAGCACAGAACCCACCGGUGGCCCAAAGAAGAUGGAGCCUCAGAGGGGACUGUCACUGAGGACUACAACAGCCAGGUGGUGAGAUGGUGACCCCCUGCCUGCUCCUCUUUCCAGAGGGGGAGAUGAGCAGGGGCGCUGACCUUCUAUUGCAUUACCUUGGAGAAGUGGGCCAUUCUGAGGACCUCUGAAUGGAUGCAGCUUGAUGUGGACAUCUGUUUCCUCUCUGUAUCCAUUUUUACCCUUUUGGAGAGUAUCCACCUUGUUUGUUUAUUUCCUUGACAUUUUCAGAUCAGUGAUAGCAAGUAGGGUAGGAAUGCAUCUGGUAUGGACCGCUUUAGGUCAAGGACAAAAAGCAGCAAAAAGCAAUCUCACUCCUGAUGAGCAUGUGGGUGACUGGAGCCCAAGGGGCACACAUGAAAAGCCAAAGGACUGGCUUGGACAUUCAGCUGCAACUGUUCUAUUUCACACUGUCAUGGAAAUGCUGGUCUGUUUAGAGAGAGAGAACAACCCUUCUACCCUUAGAUGAGGCUUAGCACCAAUCCUUCCUGACUGUUGGUCCUCAUCUUUGAACUUGGAACUUAAUUUGAAUACGGUUUAAACCAUAAGUAACGUGCUUUGUUGUUGGAGUUGAAUUUAAACAUGGUCACUCUGCUACUGACCAUCUCUGGAGAUCCACAGCCUACAAAACCAUGGCAGCAGAGCUCUCAGCCUUGCCUCCUCCUCAUCGUUAGGGAACAGGGGCUGGCAUGGGAGAGGAGGGGUUGUGGUCCCUGAGAAAUGAACAGUGGUGGGGCUUUUGGGAGAGUGCAUUUACUAACGUGUAAGCAGAGCACAUCUUACCACUUUAGUUGUCAGUGUGAGGAAAGAAUGAUGGACUAAAAGAGGGGAAAAAAUCAGGAAAAAUACUGUAUGUUUAACUUUUCCAAAACAGCUACAGAAUCUUCCUUUGUCAAAUGGCUUUUCAGGUAACUUGUUUGGAGCAGUCAUCUCCUCUCACGUGGUUCUUCCGUGUUUGAAAAUCCACCAUCACAAAAGAAAUGAUACUUAGAUAGAGCUUGGCCUAAAAAAAAAGGGAAUUUAAGUAAGAAGUACACAAAAUAUAGUCAAGGCUACUAAAUGAAUAAUAAUUCUCUUUGGGGCCAGAACACAAGGGGCCAUUCAUGAGAUAGUUGUCCCAUGGGUUCAAACAGAGCAGCAUCUGAAUGGUGUAAAUGUCUGUAGUCUGAUAAUUUCUUUCCUCUCACAUGAUCCUUACCUGUCCACACUGUGACUACAGAUGGCAAAUCAGGGCAGAGUAUAUUAAACUGGACCCCCAAAAUGUGGUAUGUUACUAAGUGAUCCUUAGUUCUGCCUUUCCCUGCAAUAAACUACAAUAAUAAAAAGUCUGUGACUAAUAAGGGGUGGGGUAUGGAUAGGGAAUUGAAAACUUUUAGCUCACAUCAAGCAGAAGGAUCAGAGUGGGUAAAAAGUUUCACAACACAUUGAUAUGAUCAAUUUCUUCAAGGAGCUGAAGGCAAAAUGAGUAAAAACCCUAAAUCAGAUUGAAAAUCCUAUUUCAUUGAUGUCCAACAUGUUUGAUGUUUAAGCCAGCUUUAUAUAAGCCACUUCUCAGCCUCCAGAAUACUCUCUCUGGGGUUGAGAGUUAAUCAACUCACAAGCAUUCAAGGAGUGCUACCUGUGCAGAGGGGAACUCACGUGCUCAUCAAAUACAGAUCUGGAGAUGUGGCUGUGGAAUCCCUCUCCCUGCCCUUGGCUAUACCUGUGGUAAAAGGGAAGGCAUUCUUGGGGGGUCUUCUCUGUCAUGAGCCAAAGGAGGCCCUUCUCAGACCUGCAACCAAGGCAACUAUUGUUAGUCUCAAUUUAAUAGAUGGGAAAAGGGAAUCCCACACAUAAUGAGCAGCUUCCUCCUGGACUGUAAGGUAGGCCUCGCUGACUGUAGCGUGCUUGUACUACACUAUGUUGACCAUAUGGGAUGUGGGCUCAUGCUGCCUAUUGAUCCUCGCCAAUCAUGCAAGAAAUCAGCUGCUAUUGCCCCGAGUAUUUGUCUCUGGCCCAUGUAGGCAGCACAAGCCAGCAGCAAGAUAGCACCAAGCAGGAAGUGACCCAGAGCUGUGUUGCCUUUGGAAGAGUCCCCUCCACAUUGCUGACUCCUCAGUGAGCCGCGUUUGAUCACUUCUUAGGCAGCUGUACUUUUGCACCCAUGUACAAGAACGAGUGAGUUCAAAGGGCCAACAUAUUACUGGUUAGUUGGUAGUGAUCAGGGCUCACAAAAUGCCUGAGUUCUCCCUCUGCAGCGAUUUCUUCCUAAGGCAGGAAGUGAAGGAACACUGGGCAAGAAUUAAUGAGCAGCUCUCUCUCUAUCUUCACAUUCCCUUGUUAUGCUCUAAUGUUCUGUUCUGGCUAGAAUAGAAAGGCUGAAAAUUAUCCUUCUGCUUGCCACUGACUGCACACGGACAUGCGUGGGCUCACACACACACUCACACAUACUCACACACACACACACACACACACACACACACACACACACACAAUAACAACCCAGUGUUUUGUCAUGUGGAAAAUCAAAACAAGCUAGAAAGUAUUCAAAUUAUUUCUUCUAAAUUCAUUUUAGCUCUUUGGCAGGAAUUCAUGCAUAGCUGAGAGUUGGAGGCAGCCCCUACUAACUCCCUACUGUUCCUUAGACACCUCAGGAUUUAUAUCAAAAGACUCUCUACCACCUUGCAGUGGAAGGCUUGAUGUAUGAUGCUCCACUUGAGAGCAGAUAGCAGUAUUUGCAAAUGAGACACCAAUUCCUCAUGUUGGCUGGAGGCCAAUGCUGAGCAAAUUAAGGAACCCAAUAUGGGCUUUUCCACUCACACCACUCUGAAGUAGCACACUUGUCAUAUUGCAGGAGUCCUAUAUUGAUAGAAAUGGAGGAAUAGGGACACUUUGUGGUCUCCAGAGAUUCACUGCAUCCCUGCAUGCUGAGCGACACUCAGAGAAAGGAUGCUAGGAGAUACCUGGGCCUAAGGCUGCAGCCCCAAAUUACCAAACCAAAUCAACUCCAAGUAUAUUAGGACCCAAAGACCAAGAAGAGAGAAAAAUCAAUCAACCAGUCAAUCAAACUGUCCCCAGUCAGUUUCACAUUCUGUCCACUUUUGGCUGUUCCCAGCCACACAUGCCAGUGUAAGCACCAAGAACCAAACUGGGAUGUGAUGUGAUGUGAUGUGUGUGUGUGUGUGUGUGUGUGUGUGUGUGUCUGUGCAUGUGUGUGCAUGCUUUUAUGUUUAAAUUUUAUUAAUAACUAAGAUACACACUAUGUUGUCUCCUGCUAGUUUUUGUCAGCGUACUGUUGGUAACUGGAGAAAGUAGUUCAUAAUCUUACCAAUCAAUGUUAGCCAAAAGUUAAGGAAAUAACAUAUAUUAAUAAAAAUAUGCAGAGGUGUUUCUUCUCUAAGGUGGUAAUUGUGUCAAGAAUAGUUUGGUCAAAGAUGUGAAAUAUGAAAACUUAUUUUAUUAAACCUCUAAAGUAACAUUUUAAAAAAUCUGAGUGGUUAUAAUACUAGUAGGGGGAAAACGUAUCAGAUAAGCCUAGCAAGAAGGUGAGAACAGAUCAUUAAGACAUAAAUAUUAAGUGCAUUGCUAAGAUUUCUAUUUGGCUGUCUUAACAGAUAAUUGAAAUGGUGGUAACCACUUUUUUCUCACUUGGACAGACUGACCUGAUAGUUCCAGCAUGUGAAUUACCAGAAGCUCAGAAUCACUCUUAUUUUUCUUUCAUUCUAAUGUACAGUUUCCAUCUCAUGGAUCAAAAUGGCUGCUACAACUCCUGUCAUUGGCAUUUAAGAAAGUAGAGAAAGCAGAGGGAAGUUAUAUAUAUCUCUUGAAGUCAUAUCUCAUGUCAUGGAACCAGGAUAUUAGACACAUCUAAGUGCGGAGAAGGCUAGAAAAUGUCUUACUGGUUUCCAGGUGCCUUGAGAAGUGUGGGAGUUCUAGUAUUUUAAAAAAUGUAAACAUUAAUACAGAUAAAAACUACUGGUAUCUGAUACAAAAGGAAAGUGGAAAAUAUACUAAAUGGUAUUCAAUGUCAUUUAUUUAUCGUAUGCCAUACAAAAGAUAUGACUAAUAUUCAUCACUUUGUUUUAUAAUGUUUUCCAAAACAUUUUUACAUGUAGUAUCUUAUUUGGCCUUCAUUACAUUCUUGUGUGCUACAUGAGAUCUCUAUUCACUAUCUCAUUUGCUAGUGUGGGAUGGAGAGUCAGAGAUGUUAAAGAUUUCCCAAAGACUCUAAUUUAUUAGCAAGGAAGCUGCUCAGAAUCCUACCGUUUUAUUUCGUAGCCUUUCCUACUCCUUUAUGCUGAUCCACAUAGAAUUGGAAUUGGGAGAUGCAAAAAGCUGAAAUAGAAAUCUUUAUUGAUUUAUACUUUCCCUCACCUUUUUGUAGAACUGCAGUGACCUAGAAAAAGCCAGUGAGAGCGCUGAGCUGACUCUCAGCUCUGUGUCCAGCCAGGGGACCUCUUACUACGAGAGAAAUACCCGAGAGGUGGGCAAUGCUUCAAGGGAGGUGGAUGAGCGCUCAAACUCAGGGAGGCACUCAAACACCUGUGACAGGAUGUCUUCCCAAUUUGGCCAAAAAGUACUGGGAAGGAAGGCUGAGGGAUUAUGCAUGCAAGGGAAACUUAGUAUUAGGAAUCUUUACAAUCAGUAGUUGUCUGUUGGAGAAGUGUUAGGGGUGAUUAAUCGAACCUCUGCUCAUCAAAUAUCUCCCUUUCUCUACUUCUUCGCCAGUAUUUUAACAGCAACUUAUUGCUUUAGCUCUGAGAGGUUUUAUUUGGUGUUAAAUGAGUUCCUUUGCACAUUUGCUGGAGAGAAAAAGUGCUUUAGGCUGUCAUAAGCUAAUAUCCUCACACAGAGAGCUUAUCUCAUUUUUUCCCAGUCCUGACCUCUGCCGAGAAGAAGGUCAUGUAUAAUGGUAUCAAGCUGAGGCAGGGGUAGAGAGAGUAGGGGCUCCAAAAGAAGAAAGUGGGGCUCCUGAAAGGGAGGUAGGUCUUUCAAAGAUUGAAAGAUGAUGAAUGAAAUAUGUGUCAAGCAAUGCUGAAAAAUAGAAAAAUGACUAAGAUAAAGUUUCUACCCACAAGAUCAAGGGCAGGCUAGAAGCAUGUGGACUGGAAUUCUUUCAGCCAUUUAAAAGACUAGAAAGGGAAUGAGUCUCUUCACACAAGAUCAGAGGACUGGGAUGGCUUUAGGGAUUGAAGGCUGAUUGAGCUGGAGGACUGAAUCAAAGAGGAAGCUGGGUUGGACUUAAGAACUAUCUGAUCUGAUCACAGCUGUGACUCUAAGGUUUUCUUUUCACAUCCUUAUUUUGCCUCCCUUGAUUAUCAACACUCCAACCGAAAGCCUCCAGGCUGGGUAUCAGGGCUGGCUGAACCUGGACAUCUUGUGGCACCUGUGGAGCAGACGAUGGUUCUUUCUCCAAGGCGCCCUUGGCUUUCCUUCUAUCGCGUCCCCCAUCUCCUGGGUGUAAGCCAAUGCCAGCUCUUCUAUCAGCACAUCUACCAGGACACAUAUGAACUAACUCCGGAAACUAGCCCUUCUUCUGGGCAAGUGACAUGGGGGGAAUCUGAGGGUUGUGUGUUUUGUAGCUUCAUAAAUAGGCUGCAUAUGGACCCUCUGCACUGCUUGUUGAUAGAAGGAACCUGCCUUGCAGAAGUGCUGAGAUUUCCAGAAGACUGGCCCAGCUUCAAACACCAGCAACAUCUGCAAUGCAGAAGUCUGAACUUCCGGGAAACCUGGCUGAAUGCUCGUCUGAGAACACAGACCCAGGAUAUAUCAUGAGCUUGUGUUCCCAGUUGUCUAUGGAAAAGAUUGCCUCUGUCAUCCUUCAGCACGUCUAGUGAAACCUCUGUGAGUUCCGGGUCCUGCUGCAUGGAGGGCAAGUCAUCAAAGGGCCCAAUGUAAGUGCUGAAAUUAAAAAACAGUGCUCUGAAGGGCAAGGCGUUGUGUGAUUUAGUCAGUGUCACGUUUGUCUCCCAUUUCUUUGCCAUGUUUUUGCUUUAGCCAUGUGAUCCUUUUUACUUUUCCUUCUUCUGUGUAUUUUCUAGAAGCACUUUCUGGGUUUUGCUUGCAUUAUUUUUUUAAUGUAUUAAUGUUAGAAAAAUCUGGAUCAUUAUCUGAUUCCCCACUUUAGAUGUAAAGUUAGCUAUUCAAUAGAUAGUAAAUUAUUUCUCCUAAGUGGUAUUUCUUUUUGUUCCUGUGCAAUAUGUAUGAACUUGGUUACUAGAAGAUUGUAUUGUGACAUUAUCAACCUUUAUCACGAUUUUAAAAAAUGAUAGUUUGUAGAACUGAGGAUAUCCAUUGAUGUGAAGCACAAUUUAAUGAACAAGUUAACAUAUUAAACUGUUGUGAUGUCAAGAACAA